AUGGGGAGAGCGGCCGCUCCCUGUAGCGGGUCCGGCAGGAUAGUAUCCAUUCUCACCGCUGUUCCCUGUUUAUCCUGCAAACAGCAGUCUGUAACGGUCCGCAGGAUGAGCGAUCAGGGGAAGAGUUCGGCGUCUACCACGGCCAGCGGAACCCCUGCUCCGGGUUCGGACACUUAUAAAGGCUGGCUGUUUAAAUGGACUAACUAUCUCAAAGGUUAUCAACGCAGAUGGUUUGUCCUCAGCAAUGGAUUACUGUCCUAUUACAGGACCCAGGCGGAGAUGGCUCACACGUGCAGAGGCACCAUAAACCUGGCCACUGCUCACAUCGACACAGAAGACGCCUGUAACAUCGUCCUUAGCAGCGGCGGCAGGACCUACCACCUCAAGGCCAGCACCGAGGUGGAGAGGCAGAGAUGGGUCACGGCACUGGAGUUAGCCAAAGCCAAAGCCAUCCGCAUGAUGAACAACCAAUCCGCACAUGGCCACAUCUCAUCAGCACAACACUGUCUUGAGUCUGAUGACUCCGGAGAUGAGGAGCCCGGGUCUCAGUCUGACCGUAGCGAGAUCCAGGGCACGUUAAAAACAUUGGCCAGCAAACUCGACGACCUGAGCACAUGCAACGACCUGAUCGCCAAACACGGCGCCGCCCUCCAACGCUCGCUCAGCGAACUCGAGACGCUCCGCUCGCCGGCCGAGGGAGGAGAGAAGAUCAAAGCCGUGAACGAACGCGCCACCCUCUUCCGCAUCACGUCCAAUGCUAUGAUCAACGCGUGUCGAGAUUUCUUGGACUUGGCAGAGAGUCACAGUCGUCGAUGGCAACGCGUGCUUCAGUAUGAGCGAGAACAGCGUACGCACCUGGAGGAAACCAUCGAACAACUAGCCAAACAACACAACAGCCUUGAGAGAGCCUGGAGAGAGGCCCCGGCCCUGAGCGCUAACGUGCCUGACACACCUACCACCGACACAGGGAGUGAGAGGCCAGUGAAAGAGGAAGCGAGUGAUGAGGAUGAUGAAACAGAGUAUUUUGAUGCCAUGGAAGACUCACCUGCUUUUAUCACAGUGACUGCUACAGACCCUACCCAUCACAGACGUUCUCAGAGUAAUCUUAGUGGAGCUAGUGCUGGACACCCCAGUGACUGGAACCAGGAUGACCAUGCAUCUCCCAGCUGUAAUGACUUGUCGGGGAAGGAGCUGCAGCCGCGGAAAAGGAGGCGAACUUGCAUUCCUGACAAGCCCAACUAUUCACUCAACUUGUGGAGCAUAAUGAAGAACUGUAUUGGCAAAGAACUCUCCAAGAUCCCCAUGCCUGUGAACUUUAAUGAGCCGUUGUCCAUGCUCCAGCGGCUGACGGAGGACCUGGAGUACCACGAGCUGCUGGACAAAGCUGCGAAGUGUGAGAGUUCUCUGGAACAGCUGUGUCUGGUGGCAGCUUUCUCCGUGUCCUCUUAUUCCACCACCGUCCAUCGCACAGCCAAACCCUUCAACCCGCUCCUGGGAGAGACGUACGAACUGGAUCGACUGGCCGAGUUCGGCUACCGCUCCCUGUGUGAACAGGUGAGUCACCACCCCCCUGCUGCAGCUCAUCAUGUGAUCUCUGAGAGGGGCUGGACCCUUUGGCAGGAAAUCACCAUCGCCAGCAAAUUCCGGGGCAAAUACCUGUCAAUCAUGCCUCUGGGUGCCAUUCACCUCCAGUUUCACGCGAGUGGAAACCAUUACGUUUGGCAGAAAGUCACGUCUACUGUGCAUAACAUCAUUGUUGGCAAGCUGUGGAUUGACCAGUCAGGAGACAUAGACAUUGUUAACCACCGGACUAAGGAGACCUGUCAGUUGAAGUUUUCUCCCUACAGCUACUUCUCCAGAGAUGUCCCACGCAAAGUAACGGGGGUGGUGACGGACUGUGAUGGACAGUCGCAUUAUAUCCUGUCGGGGACGUGGGAUGAGAAGAUGGAGUCGGCCAGGAUCGUCCAGAGCAGUCACGGAAGCAGCAGCUCAGACGGGAAACAGAAAACUGUCUAUCAAACACUCUCUCCCAAAUUACUGUGGAAGAAAUACCCCCUACCAGAGAACGCAGAGAACAUGUAUUUUUUCUCAUCUCUGGCGCUGACCCUGAACGAGGAGGAGGAGGGCGUGUGUGUGACUGACAGCCGACUCCGCCCUGACCAGAGACUGAUGGAGGAGGGCCGAUGGGACGAGGCAAACGUGGAGAAGCAGCGACUGGAGGAGAAACAGAGAGCUGUGAGGAGGAGAAGAGAGGCUGAGGCCGCAGACGCACAAGACAAAGGUUGUGAAUAUGAGGGCUAUCAGCCAGUGUGGUUCCACAAGAGGACUGACCCUGUUACUGGGGAAUCAACGUUUGUGUAUAAAGGAGGUUACUGGGAGGCCAAAGAUAAACAAGACUGGAGCAUGUGCCCCGAGAUCUUCUGAACUGGAGCUUUGACUCAGCUGGAAGAGAGUCAGUACCACAGAUAUGACUCCAGUCUUCACGGAGUCUCUACCGCAGCUCUAAUUGACUCUGAAUAGAGUCAAGACCACACACGCUGACUCACUAACUCUGAAGUGAGUCAAUACCACAACUCUGACUGAAUCUGCACAGACUCAGCGACUCUUACUCUGUAUAGAGUCAAUAUCGCAGCUCCGUCUGACUCGAGUCCAUACCACAACUAUGACUCUCUCCUCUUCAGCCGAGUCAGUAAUACAUAUCUGACUCAAUCUGCACAGAGUCACUAUUAACCCUGAGAACAGGACUCAAAGGGGCCCAGGGACUCUUCACUAUCACAGGUCAACAGGUCACAAGGUCAGACAGACCUCCCUCUGACAGC